ACUAAAUACGGCACUUAACAACCUUGAAUCCCCUACAUUUUAUGUUCUUUACUGGAAAGGUGACUUUACGGUUCUGUGAUCAAGUUCUUGAAUAGCCUAAACUCAGUUUUCAUUCACAGUUUUCAGGCGUUUUGUUUGCAUAUCCAAAUUUGCAAUUUACCAAACAAUUUUAGGCAGGUGAUAUAUGUUUACCAUGUGUCUCAGGAGAGAUCCCUAAUGUUCGGUGGUAAAAUUAUUAUAUUUGCUAAUAGGCAAGCGCCAACUAUUAAUUUAACACCCCAUCUUCGAAUACUGUGAGCCACGAUUUCAGUUCCAGUUUUGGUUUAGUAUUGCGCAUCAAUAAUCCGUCUAAAUGAAGUGGGGAAUAUUGAUUUUGUUCCCUGGAUCCAUUAAUAUCGUACUUCAGGUUUGUUUUCUAUUUUUUUCUCGCAUCGAACUUGCUUUUAGCUUUUUUGUCGACAGAAGGGUUCAUUGAUUUGACAGUUUGUAACUUCACGUUUUGUUUUCCUCGUAGUGUUUCUUCACCGCUGCUAAAGCAUCCGUAAACUGUGAGUAUUUCAAUGAAAUAAGACCGUUGGGGACAAGCUUAAAGCUAAGAGUUGUCGCUUGAUCUAUUGUGAAAGAGUGAUGUACCCAUAUGCGCGACUUGAAUUGGAAAAUGUUCAUUAUUCAAAUUAAUAUGCCUACUGUUUUUAAGGCCACUCAAAUGUUAUGUUUAAUUCUUUAAAAAUCACAGGCACAUUAAGUUUCCUGUGCAGGUUACAUUUGCCAUGAUAAUGUAUCGAGAAUGAAGGAACCCAUGGCCCCCAGGUUAUCAUCGUUAUCGGUCCCGUUUAUAACGAAAAGGAAACAAACUCAACAUAGUGCUAAGAAACUGCAAAAUAGUAAUUGAAAUGAAACUUGAAACGUCUGAACAUCAUGAUAAUAAUUGGUUUUUAGGUUCCCGAAAAGUUUAUGAGCCAUUGGUCGCCAUUUCUGGUGAUAAAAUCUAUCAAACGUUUCUUCAAGUUGGCUCUUGAACUUGAUUAGAAAUAUUAAAGCACAAUGGCACAUGACUACGAAAUUUCACUAUCUAUUCCCAUAUUUAAAAAUGAAGAGAGAACACUAUAUAUCCAUUACAAGUCAUGAUCGUCCCCUCAGGAAUUGCCAACAAAUGAGGGAAACAAAGAUAUUUCCGGAAAAUUCAAGUCGCAAAACUGGUUACAAUUAUGAGUAAAACUAAAUGGACAUCACCGGCAAUUCAGUAGUUAAAAUGUUAAAGACGUGAACCUCAAAAAAGGCUUUAUUGGUUUUCACAUAUCCAGCAUCUCUUUAGAAAAUAUGUUUCAUAGUAUUCAUAAUCCAGGAUGCAAAUUGUAUUAGUGCACUGAAUUCACCGAUGAUGUGAAACUAAAGAUUAUAGAACUCGAUAUAUUUUCACGAUUGUCCUUUAUGAACAUGCACAAAUGAAUUAUUGAGUAAAUCGGGCACUCUUAAUGGAAACUUGCCAAAGUUAGAAUAGCUAUUGAUUUUCCGUUGUGCACGAAAAUUUACGAAAAAGUUAUCCACAGGGCCGGUGAAAGUCUUCACGGGAUUAUUUUAGUAGAGUUACCCAACGUUGUCCACUUUCAUUCCGGUUAACAACUCGCUGACUGUUUAUGGGUUUACAGAAGUAUUCCUUUAAGUUUACUAAAGAUAGAAAAAAAGUGAGGUGAAGACAGGAAUGCCUUAUUUCGGAAGGUUAUUCGCCCUGGGGCCAAUUCAAUAUCGCGAUAGAAGUUUCCCCUUUAUUAUUCGCUAUCGUUUCGUUUGUUCUACCACUUGGACUUCAAUUUUUGGAUAAUAUUUAAGUUUAAUUUCUUCUUGUGUCGCUGGAGAUAGCAGUGAUUUAACCCAAACAUUCUUUUUGUUUUCCUUUUUAGCCGGUAAUCUCAUAGUAGGAAUUGGUGAAGUCCUGGAGAUCAACACAACUGCACCAUCCAUAGUUAAUAACAACUGCCCCAGUUGUAAUUACAACGCAUCACAUGAAAAUAGAUCUUCCUCAAGCUCGCAUGGUGAACAUCUCGCUGCCGUGAUUAGGUUCAGUGGUAACAUUGAGUUCAGAAACGGUUCAACAGUCAAAGUAUCUGGAAAGUAUGGUCUGAGUAUAACAAGUCAGAAUGGACACAUCUUAAUAGAAACUGAUAUUGACAUGACGUGUACAAAGAUGGUGCCAAAUGAAACAUGUCUCGGUGGGUUCACACAGUCAUCAGUAAAGCCUUUGGAAGAUGGCAAUAACCCUCCUAAACUCGUAUAUAAAGGUAAGAGAAGAUGCUUUUAUUUGCCUUUCUCACAUUUGCAUUUGGUUUGCUCUUGGUUUCACACUUACUUCCUGGGAGGUGGGUACAAGGUAUAAUAAGAGGGCAUAAUUACGAAAAGUAAAUCGCUUGGUCUGUUUAACGUUUCCUUCGGAAGUAAAUUCAUACUCAGCUAUACGAGGCAAAAUUGGUUUCCUUGGAAACUCAGUGUGAUAUAAUCUGAUAGUUCAGAGGGAUUCAACGUUUGGAAAUGCCAAACACAUUGGAUCGAACUCAUGCCACAUCUGAGGUCUGAGGUCAUACCAGCUGUGACCGAUUUAUUAGCACAAUUUGUUUAACGUAACAGCGACAGGAGGAAUAUAACUCAGUGGUAGAGCAGCUGUUACUAAGCAGGAUGUUUACAUCUAGUCAUUAAUCACUGCUUUGCUCAGGGAACAGGUCGUUUAUGGCUGGUCUUCACUAAUUCCGUGGCCUUUUGAAUAACAUUCAAUAGUAAGCUCCCGGCUUCUUUAGCCUUCCUUGUCACUUUAAAUUAUAUGCUGGUUUUUUUAUAAUUAACACCUUUUUGUAACGUUUUAUUGAUAUGUUUUGUGAGUGUCUUAUACAGCCAAAUUAAAGGUCAUUUUUGCAAAGGGUAUGUUCUUACAACAGGUAAAUAUUGCUUUAUGAUCACAAACUUAGCGAGGAUAUUUCAAUGACUAAUUUUUUUCUUUUAUAUCUGAUCAAAUUCUCGUAAUUUAAAAAAAAGAGAUAAGUCGCGUCCUCAGUAUUACUCUCCCGAACAGAAUGCUAGUCCAUCACAGGGAAGGGGCAGUCUGAUUAUUUCGUGUGCUACUUUCUUUUUACAACUGGAUGGAGACGGACAGAGUGAAGUACUAGUCAAUAAAAAUUCUUUACAGGUAUUGGUCCUGGUGGCCUCAGAAAAGUCGCUUUUUUUAUAUUGGACACUACUUGCAUACCUGGUUCUAGUCAUGGCGGAACAGCAUUGGGUGCGGCAUCGAAGUUAGCCCUACAAUCAGAUCCAGCAUAUGAUCAAAAUGACACAGUAUCACUAUUAGGAGGAAGCGGAGGUGAGAUAAAUUAUUUUAUCACUUUAAAUAGUUUUGUGGUUCUGAUCUAAGUACUAAUGAGGGCUGGAAUGGAAAUUGGUUAAUAAGAAAAAACGUAACAUCAAGACAAACUCUGGGCACACUACAAUAACUGUACCCUAAGGCAUACUCACUACGACAAAUCAGGUCUAUAUUAGAAGGAUUUACUGUGAUGUAACUACUUUUUACCUUUCGUUGGUUGUAAGUCACGUAGUUAUGACUGUGAAAGGUUUGCACCUAGGAGUCAUUUAAUAAGUAGGGUAAGUAUGAUCGUCCGGGUGAAUGUGAUCCUGAAUAGGACCGUUAUUGUUGUAGUCAUCCUCAGAGUCAAAGUGAGUUGUAUUUCGUCAGUUGACGGUAUGAACCUAUUUGUCAAUUAAGUCGCGACGUUAUUGGUCGUCUGUCAGUUAAGCCGUGAUGUCAUUGGCCAUGAAGACUCGUAGUGUCAUUGGUGCGUUUCGAUCCGUCUAUUGUCACAGUUAAACAGUCGAUUAUUGUUAGUCAACUUGUCAGUUGUCUAGUCAUUCUCUCAUAAUUAGUUUUGCUUGAGUGCGUCAAUAAGUCGUUUGUGCGGUGCCGGUAUCUGACUUAUAAGCAGCUGCUACAUGACUCAGUACAUCCCAUGAUCAAUGUUCUCGUACACAUUCGCAUUCUCACAAUGUUCAAAGGGAUUUUCACAGUGAAACGUGGUGGUCUAGGGAGUCUUUAGAUGGAAAUGUGUGAGGUUUUUUAAUUAUUCUUAUUCUUAUUUUAUUGAUUGCUUUUUUUGGUACAUAUCUCAGUAUGCAUUUUUUGAAUUUUUAAUUGUCUGUCUUUUAAACUUAGUUUUUAUGAUAUGAAUAUUUUUUGGAAGAUGAUCUGUCUUCUAUGGGGUCUUUGACUCUUUUACAGACCGUCUGUAAGGCAAUGCCUUUCUUUUUAUCACUUACCUGAAGCCUUUUUCAUUAAAUUGUAAUAAUUUUUUUUAAGCGGUGUGUAAAGAGCAUGCUUUUGAUUUUCUGUAUAGCAUGGCAGCUUCAAGAGAUAUUCUAUUCUGGCGUCCCCACGGACAGUUAUUUCGAAAUAAACACAUAAUUCCCGUGACAAACAUCACUGAGCUAGUGGAGUAUGUUCAAUGACAGUUCCUCAUAAAGAUUAUGUGACCAAACCUCGCGCGUUGAAUGUGUUCAUUGAUGGACUUGCGGAGACAGGAGUGGAUAGUGAUUUUAAUUCACGAGCUUAUUCCUUCGACAACAUGAAUCAACCAUUGAAAAGUUUUCUUAGCUUACCAAUCAAAAACAAAGACUGAGUCAUUGCCCUAAAAGUUACUAGAAAAUCUUUCAAACCGGUUAAAGAGCAUAAGAACAUGAUAAACAGGUUCAACCGGUCAAGGUCAGGUGAGACUGUUGAAUCUAUUGUAUUAGAAAUAUACAAAAUUGAAGAAAAUGAGAUUCCACCGCAUGAGUUAAAGACAAAAAGCUAUGACGUCAUCGACGGUAAGGUAUUCCACCUCAAAUAAAGAUUCCUCCCUAAAAAGGUCAAUUCGGUCCAUACUAUACUACUAAACCAGAAAAUAUCCCAUCUACAACUAAAGAAUAGAACAAAUAAACUCGAAAGAGAGUUGAUAUAAGUAUGCAAAGACAAACGAAUGUUACCUAUCAGUGGUGAAAAUAAUUCUUUUUUUUGAGAUAAAAUGUUUAAAAUUUGUAGCUUUGCUGUUAAUUCUAACUUCUUUUAACCUUAGGUUCAUGUGCUCAUCGCCCAGGAAGUGUUGCUGGUGGAGGAGCCAUUGAGAUUGUAGCAGAUAAAGGAUGCAUAACCAUAAGUAUUAAUGAUUAGCAAAUUCUUUGUAAACUAUUUAAUAUUUAACUUGUUAAUAACGUAGAACCCUGAAACGCUGAAACGUGCUCAGGAAAAACAUGACAACUGCUAGAGGAGCAGAGAUAGUGCUCCGCUUCCCACAAUAACCAUCAUUCCGGAAGACCUUGUAAUUGAGUCUAUUACUCAUUUUUCUGAUUUCUAUACAACACUACUAAUCUUUUACUCAGAAGCUGUGUUUUAAUCAUCCUAUCAUCCUGUAUCUAUCUCAGUCUUAAAACUGUUCCUUGAAGAAGAUUCUUAAAUGACCCAAUCGGCAGAAAUUCAAUAUUUCGUUAUCAGCCUGUUCACGCCAGGCCUUCAGGAAAUUAGACUGAGAGCAGUCUCAUUUUUCUUUGCAACACGCGAGCGGCGAAGCUGCUUGCCGCGAGAAACGAGGGCGUAAGCCCGAGAAGAAAAAAUGAGAGACUGCUGACUCUUUUGUUCUGUCUGGGGCAACGAAGCUGUCAAGGUAAUUUAAUUAAUCAAUUAAACCCGAGUAACUUGAAACGAUUUAUAAAUAGAACAUAAACAACUUAAAAAAUUACAUUUUCUUUAAAUCCGGUAAGAUUGCCUUGAAUUCGUUUCCCUUGAGGAAAUGUACAGCAGUUUCCUUCUGUAAGAUAUCCUAAAACUUUUAUAUUGCUGAGAUUCUGCUUGGUUCGCUAUUGUUUGCCGUUGGUUGUGAUGCUAUGCAAUUGACCAAUCGGUUACUCCGUUUCUGGGGGCUGACGGAGGUUUUGUUCACUACAAAAGGAGUCAGCAGUCCGUCUUUUCUCGUCUCGUCUCAAUCCCUAAAUUUGCAAUCGCGCUCGAUUAGAUAUAGCCUCCCCGCAGAUGUCCUUUGGGGUUCGUCACGCAUUCAUUUCUCUCACGAACCCCAAAGGAAGUCUGCGGGGAGGCUAGAUUAUAUAAGACCUUGACGGAUUUUAAGAGAAAAGGCGGACUGCAAGCAGUCUAUUAGGGAAUAAAACUAUUUCCUUUUAUCAUUUGUUCUAUCAUUUAUUGAUAAGGAAUAUAUUUCUUCGAUGACAAAUUUUAUUUCAAUACUUUUUAGAUGCAAUCAUCAGAGCUUCAGCUCAGCGUCAAACAGGCGAAUCAUGUUCUGGUGGAUCUGGUGGACUUAUUCGUCUUAACGCUUCUCAUGUAAUCCAUUACUUUAAUGUGUAGUUUACAGUUACUCAUUAUUAAUCUGGCUUGUUUUUUCUUUUGACAACAGAGUUCCUAAAGGUAAAGUUUGACUCUGUAUCUACAACAAGUCUGCAAAAUUCGCAGUAAUUUUUUUUACAAUAGCAGCAAAGUUUGACUAGGUGUAACUACGGGACUGCCUCUUUCGCAGUUACCAUACUGAACACUUACGUAAUCCACAACCUCAACUUUUCAAUAGAGGAGUGGUUCUUCUCUGAAUUAAAAAGGCGUGCAUACGUUACGGAUGAUGAUUUUACACUAUACGAGAAUUUCGACUCUGUAUACAUGGCAAAGUAAAGCUGUCUCAAGUAACAAACAAAAGAAGUAAAAAUCGAUAGAGGAGGCCUUUUUAUUACACGCGCAAACGAUCUCUUGAAUCCCCGCUUCUUCUUCAAGCCUCGUCUUCCAUUUUCAGACGGAGUAAGGAUGUUCGGAGGCUGAAAUAUCAACAUUUUCAAGCGACUUGGCUUUGGUGAGAAGGGUAGCGGUCGAGACGCGAACACAAACUGAUUUGAUUGCACAUUUUUUUGAAAAUCAACAAAUAGAUGCACCAAGCACUUAACAAAGCAAAGUUUCUAAGGUUGGUGAAGUCAUACUGCAAAACUGCAUUAACAGAGUGUAGCCACCAUGAUUUCGUAAGCUUCACAUGCUACAUGAGGUUUAUUUUUCGAAUCCGCAAAACUACUACUACUAAUUUUUAAUUUUAUCUUCACGAAUUUUGCCAACCCCUUUUUUGAAUAAAACUCUCACAGAUGCUUAUUCCAGAUUCUACUUUAAGAAAAUGAUAGAGUCCCUCUUAUCACAAAGUUUUGUCUUAUCUCAGAUAAUGGGUCUGGAAGUAUUUAGGUGUUACUUGCUCUACUCCUACGAAGGAGAACAAAUGUUAAAAUAGAUCUAUUUACAACUCAGAAAGGCAAUGAUUCAAACCUCGCCUUUAUGGUUUAAUUAUAAACAGUUAAAUUUGAAGGUAUACAACAUCGGCAGAGAGUAUGUCUGCGUUUUUUGGGAAAAUCGCCAAAUCCUGAUGUCCGGAUCCAAAAACGAAUGUUCCUUUUUUGAGAAAUGACAAGACAGCAAGGGAAAGUUCAUUUAAUAUGACAAGGGGGGGGGAUGAAGAUAUUGAGGGGGGGCUCCGAAAAUUUUUAGACACCGGAAGGGGGGGCUCUGAAAAAAUUGUUGUGCUAGGAGGGGGGCUCCGAAAAUUUGUAUACUUCAAAACCAACACAUGACAUCAUCAUACAGAUCGGAUGGUUUUCAACUCAACAAUUUAAUGACCUGUGCAACUCAGCUAUGUGACAUGGUUUACAGAUAUAACAAAUGUAGUCUCAGUAAUUAUUACACUCUUGUUCAUCCCAAAAAUGCUUUAGAAAAUUGUAUCACAACUGUAUCUCAAGUUUGUCAUAGUAUAAACCAUUGAAGACAAUAACGGUAAAUAUAUUUAAUACAGUCUAGCGAUCUUUUUUCAGGGGAGCAAAGGAAUUGAAGGGGGGAGGGGGGCUCUGAAAUUUUUUUUGACUACCAAGGAGGGGGCUCCCAAAAAAUUGAACCGCUAGCGAGGGAGGCUGCUAAAAUUUCAAGCUUCGAGUUUCAAUAUCUUCAUCCCCCCCUCUUGUCAUAUUAAAUGAACUUUCCCUAAGGGUCGAUCCAACGUUUUGGUUUUUACUUGUUGCCUGAUUUUAUACCUAAUUUAAACAUGAUUUUCAUUACUUUAUUUUCUUUAGGUUGAACUAAAGGAGCAAGGAAAACUCAUUGUUGAUGGGGGAAAUGGCAAAUCAAAAAUUGGAGCAGCUACCGGUUUGGGUGGUGGAGCAGGUGGAAUUAUACAGAUAAUAUCACCUGCUGGUCGCCUGCCACCUAAAGUUUUAUCUCUAAAACAAGGCACAAAAUUUGGGUCGUGCGGCAAUGAAGAGGCAGAACCUGGAUAUUACUAUUUUGUAGGAGGUAAUCUCCUUUUGCGGACUGUCCAGAAAUGUAUACUCCCUGUUUCCCCCUUACUAGUUCAGAUGAGUAUGUACAUGCUGUUGGGCAAUACAUGAAGCCAUUUGCUUCAACUCCAAAAUCGAGGGGUGGAGAAGAAAAGGGAAAGGAAUCUGCGCUGUCAUAGUUUCACCACCAAUAGAGAUCGAGAGCGAUUUCAGUACAAACAAAUAUUUCACAAAAAAUGACUUGCUAUUGCCCAGGCUAAGAAUCGUACAGCCAAAACCCGUUGGCAAAGCAACAUGUUUGAUAAAAAGAGAUUAUUGUCAUUGAACUGGUUCGAAAAAAAGUUGUCUAAUAUGAUGCCGGGUGUAUUUUCCAAAAGUAUACGUGACUAUUUGCUGCCGAUAUUUGAUCAUUACUACAAUUCAGAGAGGUCCCGCUAGAUUAUAUCCAUCCCACUGCGGAUUGGGGUGGAAGCCUUUCAUAUUUGAUAACUAUUGUGUAUAAUGUGUGAAAAGUAUUAAUAAUAGAAGAGACCUAACUGGUUUGUUUAUUUAAUGUCAGAUAACUCCAGAGGGGCCAAUGUGGAGACAUAUCCUCCUACAAAUCCAUAUACCUGGAGUUCAAAUUCGUCUUCCUCAAGACCAUUACGUUGCUUCAGCGUCACACCCACCCACAAACGUAAGUAUCAUUCAGCCUAUCCCAUGUACAUUCGAGUUUGUGGCAACUUGUAUGUUAAGCAGUGAAACAUUCUCCCUAUUUUCGUUUUCUCUGAUUUCGAGGUAGCAAGCAGUAGAUAAUUAUAAAACUUGCUUCAAAAGUAAAUGGUGCGAGUUAGAUACGUCCUGUUUGGUUCGUUACACGAGUCUUGAAUGGCGGUGUAAAUACAGUGCCUCAUAGGCUCCUGGUUGAUAUGGUAAUGUGUUCUAUCUAUACAGUCUAUCAUUGGAAAUAUUUUCUGUGCUGCUAAAAAACAGCAACCUUGCUUGGGUCUCGCUGGUUGAAGAUACGCUGCAUUAGAAUGAAAAAGUGCAAACACUGCGAAGUAGUAGCAAGAAAUCUACUCUUUUAGGGUGGUGAAGUACACAAACGUGUCCGUACUGUAGAUUAUCAGUAUUUGAAUAGGACUUACUAUACGCGAAUUCGGCGGCAAAGAACUCCGUAACAACUGUAAGUACAAUGUAAGACCUACAAUUGGUUGAUAGCUUCGCACUUUUAAUAGACUGGGGUAACUUUCGCAAAAGAGAACUUCUGUCGGCAAAUUUGAGGAAAAGUUGGUAAAGACACUUUUCUAGAUGAGAAUUAUGUGCUGAACACGAAAAUUUUGUUUACCAAGGUUGGUUCCACCAUUUAGACCUUGAAAUCAGCCGUUAAGGUUAGUAUUAAUAAAUUGUGACAUGAAAACGAGGCUGCAUGUUGUAUGAGGAUGCAGAGUACUCUCUAACGGUUAAAAUUCGUUCAGAUCAACAGGUGACUGAUACAACUUAUUACUUACAGUACCUCGCAGAAACCGUCUGAAAAUCACGUGAUUUUUCUAGUCACGUGACCAUUGAAAACGGGGUUAUAGGCUAUUCAGAAUUUUGACAAAUUUGACGGCACAGUCAAAAAAGAAACAAAAUUACCAAUCCAGCAAUUCGCUCCAAUAGUUACAACAGCUAUAGAAAUUUAAUUUUCAGCUAUUUCCUAAGAUAUUUACAGUAAGUUUGCGAUCUAUAUAUUGCAGACACCUUACUUCCAUUUUCAAGUAUUGAAUUUCUAGAUGUUUGUAAAAUCCUUGAAAUAAUUAACAAAAACUGCAUUUUCUUAAAACUACUUUUAACUUUCACGCCCUAACCAUUCUGGAUACAUGCUGUACUUAUAACUAAGAAGGAAGGUCAUAACAUUCGAUUGAUUGCAGCCAUUUUAGAUGCGUCUGAUGUCAGCUUCUGAAACAUAUUUAAGACCUAAAUUGAUAUUGUAAACAUCAGACAUCCUACAGGACGAAAAUUAAAAAAAACCCGUUAUUAGUCCAUAGACAAUUAUAAAACAAGAAUAAAAAUUUGUUAGAGAAGCUAAACGCUUUGUUCUGCUGAACUGUACCAUUUACUGUCCUUGGUUUGCAAUGACAUUACCAUCAACUUCAUUUCUGCAAUUGAGAUCUUCAGUGCUUCUGCAUUUUCAUGCUCCUGUACACGGCAGUCUAACAUUCCGGCAGCUGAACCUAUUUGUUGAACAUCCUGAUUUGCAGCUACAGGUAAUCAUCUCGGUACAGCUUUCGGGUACAGGCUAGGGGCAAGAGUCAUUAACUUAGGCACGAGCUUUCCGUCAUCAGAAUUAGUCCAUCCCAUGGUUUCUGGAAGUGGGAGGGUGGGGUUCGUUUUAUGGGCUUGUCUCCAUAACAUUGCUUGAAAGGGUGCGCUAGUAAUAUGCCAUCAUGCUGCAUCACUUGUGUGGGGAAGUGCCUCUGGGAAUCUGCACCAACCAAACAACGUCGCACGUGCUUUAUCACAUCCUUCUGCAUUAGCAGCAUUGUACACUGCAAAUGAAUUUUUCUACGGACUUCACAGUCGUGUCAUCCAGGUCUCCAUCUGCAAAACUUUCCAAUAGCGUUUGGUGAUGAGGUGAUGAGCAAAUGCCUUCCAGGCAGUUUUCUUGCUAUGCUUAGCAAAGAAAGAGACCGUAUCACAGCCUGUUAGCGCAUGAAAAGGAAAGAUGGCUUCCUUGUACCCAUCAAAUGCAACAUCUAUCCGGUCAUAGUCCUUUCCACAGACAAGGGCAGCUUUCAAAAAUCUAUCUACGAGAUCGUCGAAUUUGUUACACUCUGAUGGUCUUCCUAGAGCCAUGACUAAUUCUUGACCGGCAAUUACUAUUGUCGAACGUCCUGGGACUGGUGUGACCCGAGGAUGUUCCAUCCCACCCAAGACAGCAGCUCUAUCAUCACGGAUUGAUUUCCAGAUUGUGGCUGACCAUUGGUAUCUGCGAUAGCAAGCGAAACAGAGACUAACUCGUAGCUGAAGCAAAUCUACUCUUCUACCAGCAUCGUACGCUGUAAUGAUGCGCUGGAGGAUCAUUCUGUCAGUUUCGAUAGCGGCAGACUUUUCUCUUUCUUUCUUUUCAGCCUCAUAAGGAGAAACAAAUGUCACGGCUUUACUUUUGGGAAGAGGAUCCCUAAGCUUCUUACAAUUCUCAUCUUCGUUUGGGAUCAUAAGCCUUUCUUUAACAAAACUGUCCAGUUGUUUCUGGCCGAGGCUGCCUGCUUUCAACAGAGAUUCUCAUCUAUCUGUGUGGUUGCCACGUCCUUAGUAACCAUGUUCUUUAAUCUCUCAAGAACCGUUUCUGCUUGUUGAUUGACGUUGAAGAUGUCAGUUUGCCUGAUGCAGCAACAAGCCACAACAACACCGCGGCACGGUCAUCUUUAGCUAUAUCUAUUGAUCGAGAUAUACUUCGUUAAAAUUGCAAUUUCACGGAAUGAUACUUGCCCUCAGCCACAAUUAGGUCAUUCACACCCGACACACGCAAGGAAAGGUCGUGGUCACACUUUGCUCCAACAAGUAUCCGCUGACUCAUUUUAAACGUUGUCACUGAGAACAGUAUUUGCUUUUUAAGCAUUGACCCGUCUUAACAAAAAAUACACAGUUCCCAUUCGAUAGAAGAGUUUUUGCUGCGGAGAGCUGAACUUGCAGCCAUUUCUGGCAGUGGAUGGGUAUCCUUCGACGAAUCAAGCGAUUUCCUUAAUCUGCUUAAUUAUAUCUUACCCUUAUCAGUCUACUUUGCAUAGCAGCUCUUGUGCCAGCUUAAAUCCUCAGCUUUGUUUUGCUUCGAUUGCCUCCAAUAUCGCGCCUGUUACAUCUGUAUUGUUUGUGUCUCCUAAUUUUCUUUGUUCUUCAGAGGACUCUUUCAGUAACGCAGGCCUUGCUGUAUUGCGUUAAAGAAGAUAUCUUUUUUCGUUUCCUGGCAUAUAAUGCAUUUACUGAAGGAGAGUGUAAGGGCAGAUCUCUUCCAACUUAGCCGCUUCUCCAACAUUAAAAAUCAUGUAAUCCACGAAAACAAUCUUUCCAUGCAACUCUCCAUAAUAAAAGUAACUCGAAUGAGCAGAAUGGUUUUUGGAAUGAAACGUAGAGCCUGACUUUCGUUUUCUAGCCAGGGCUAACGCUUCAUGCAUUUAUAUGGGUUUGUUUGGUUUUUUUUGGCCCAACAAAAAGGGUUUUUAAAAACAAGUUAUCCAUCCAUCAAAAGUCACAAUGCUGGAGAAGUGACUUGCUUAAAGCUUUACUGUUAAAAAGUACUUAAAAGAUCGACUACAUAAAAUCAUUAAUUAAAUGGAGGAAAACGAAAAAUAAAAUUCAGCGGCUACCUUUCUGUUGAAACAAACAUAUGACACGCUGCACUGACUUUCGUUUCCUAGGCAAAGUCAAAGCUUCAAGCAUUAAAAUGGGUUUACUUAUUUGAUAAUCUUCGUAGCAAAAGAACAUUUUUUUACAAGUUUUCCAUCCAUUAACGUUGGGGUAGUGAUUUGUUUUAAGCUAUACAUUGGUAAAAAGAUGGACGAUAUAAAAUCGUUGAAUGAGGGAAACACAACGCAGGAUAAAACUUGGCGCAACCUUUUUGCUGCCAGAUCUAUUUUUGUUUUAAUGCUCGCACCAGAUGUCACUAGUCCUGAUGAAGACCUUUUGUACUAACUGAAAUAUAUUCCUUAUUAAAAAUACCCUUGGCAUAGCUCAUCCUUAAUCAAAACUGGUUUUAUUUAAAAGAAAAUGUUUCCUUCAGAUAGUUAUACGACGCACACUCGUCAACUUCUUUCACUAGCGUCUCUGUAUUUCCAAACAACUUUUUUUCAGGCCUUAACCGUCUAUUAGUUUAUUUCAUAACAAAAAAAAAAUCACAGUUAGCUAAUUUGGGGCAAUAAUUUGAGUCAAAUGUGGUUUUGAAAAGCGGGGAAAAUUUUAGCCUCGUUUCCAUGUCCAGAAAUAAGCUCAUUUUUUUCGAGGUCAGAUUUUGUGGUUAAAAACUCAAAAUCAAGCUUGGUAAACAAAUUUUUCGUGUUCAGCACGUAAUUUUCAUCUAGAAAAAAGUAUUUACCAACUUUUCCUAGAGUUUGCCGACAGAAGUUUUAUUAGCGGCUUUUUACCAAAAGUUGUCCCAGUCUAUAAUCGAUAAGCAAAGUUCAUCACCGAGGUGUUUCAUUUAGCUGAACAUCUCACCAGUCGAUAUCCUGAAAUACUGCAAAAUAGUGGUUACGCGAUCAGAAACGUUUGUCAACCAGAGGAGAACGCCUGCACUGACGCAGGCUCACGAGCAGAAAAAACGACACAUAUUAGCAGCCUAACUUGGAAACUUGGCCAUCGGCUGUCGGUGUUUAACCGGUAUUUUACAUAUGUUAGAUACACGAAGUCGCCUCGCUUAAUUAAUGGCUUGGUGCUUCCGCACUUGGAUUGCGGACACCAUUUGGGAAGAUCAGCCUGGUUUAACAUCAGGAAUACAACAACUACAGGCUUUCCAAAAUAGGUUUGCGAAGAAGAUCGCAGAUGGCAAAUUGUCGUCAGCCGAGGCCCUGGCAUCGUUGAAAUGGUUUCCACUCCAUGGGAGGCGCUUUGGACAAACAUCGAUCCCUGGGACAUCGAUGUCUUACACGGUUCAGAAUGCAAUCAAGGGAGACGUUUCAGAACACUUUGAAAUAUUUAGGACCCCUUUAAGUCAGUUACAUAACUAUAAUACUAGAACCGGUUUUCUAACUAGACUUCUCAAGCCGCGAACGAAAUGGCGAAGACGGACUACGUAGUUUAGAGCUUUUAACGACUGGGCUACCCUACCUAUUGAACUUAAAAGACCAAUGUCAGCCAUGAUUUUAAAAAGAAAUUGGAAAAGGUUUUUAGGUUAGCUUUAUGUACAUAUUUUUAACGCAGUUCUUAAUUUUUAUGCUACUUACUUUUAUAAAUUUUAGGAUUUUUAAUGCUAUUUUAGUUUUAGUAUUUUAUUUUGAUAGAGGAACCUCCUGCAGCUUCCUGAAAACCACUCUUAGUGAUGGAGGCCUCCUUUUAAAAUAUGUAUUUUAUUUAGUUAUUAUUUAUAAUUCACCAGCACCCAGCAAAUCUUCAUGAAGAUUGCCUAUGUAAUUCAUCUGGAGGUUAAUCUCAUGCGAUUCAUGUUACUAAUAUAAAUUAAGCUAAUGUUAAAGUGUAAAAGUUGUUUCAAGCGCUCUACACUCAUAAAGCUUCAAGUUAAAAAGGAAAUUAAAUACACGCUUUUAAGUGUAAUUACUAGGGGCUGUAAUGUGAUUUAUCCAUAUUCUUGUAUUAACAAGGCAGAAAAUAAUUCUUUAAGGUGGCUCGAUACAGUUUUUCAGGGUCCAUACCUCCCAAGUUUGAAAACAAAUUACGUCGCCAUAAACAAAGAUUUAGAAAAUUUGCCACCACAAUUGUAUUAGAUAAAGAUGAAAGUCUUUAACGAUCAGGGUUGCAAUGACAUCGGAGUUGUCAUAGCAACGAAAUGACGCCAUUACCUAUUUUAUUUGCAGGAGUAUUUCUCGGCACUGGGGACUGUUCUUCCAAAAUCGUUCACGGGAGCUUUUUCCUGCAAUAGCCGCCUCGAUGUUCGCGAAGUUUAAGCGAAAUCUGUAAGAGCAUUAUCGAGAUAUUUUAGGAUGAAAUUUUUAUGGUUAGAAAUACGGUAAAAAGAUGGACAAUCUUGAUUUUUGGCCGUUAUAUGUAGAAAACGAACCGCUUUUGACAUGUAAUUUCACCUCAUUGUAGUUUAAAUCUUUUUAAAAACAUAUGUGAAAGAUCAUGGAGAUAGAUCCAGACGAUUGCUAGAAAGGAGGAUUUGAUUCGUAUGUAUCGAGGCGCUGUUGUUAGCGGUUUCGUAAACAUUUCGUUCUACUUUAACGAAUUAGCGAACAAUUUUUAAACCGCUUGAUAAAUUUUUUUAAAAAAUUGAGAUUCUCGAGAUUCAACGUUUUUCGAGGAGACCUUUGAGUCUCAAAAUUAUUGACAUAUUUUAAGGCAGUGAAAUAUGGGCUACAGUUUGCUAUUUUUCUUAUCGUAAGUUUCGUGUUUACAAGUGAGAGCGCCUCAUUAUUCAGGGGUAUUGUCUCCAAGCUUCAUAUUUUCGUGCACAACAAUAGGUAGCCUUUUUGCAUAUUUGAAAUGUGUUGUUAGUUACUGCUGUUCACGUGAAAAUGAAACUUGGAGAGAAUACCUUGAAUAAAGGGUGGCUUUCAAAAAAAUUAGCAAAUUGUAGCCCUUAUUUUACUGCCUUAGGAUAUAUCAAUAGUCUUGAGACUUGAAGGUCUCCUAAAAGGACGCUUAAUCUCAAACUCGGGAGGUAUUGACCCCGAAAAACUGUAUCGAGCCACCUUAAUCAACAAUGACCAUCUAUAAUAUUCUUCAUCAGGGUUUACAGGCAGGACUUUCAUCGUAUCCUCACCCGUAAAGAUUCCUACAACGAGUCGACUUCAGUCUUCUUCACUAACACACACAGCUAUAAUAUGUUUGUUGUAAUGUUAACAUCUCACACUGACUCUACUAUGACUUAAGGAUAAUGUCUCUUGUUUUCUGAUCCAUUCUGGGUCAUUAAAUGUCAAAAGUGGUUGAGCCCUUGAAACAUUGAUCACAGGCUGAUUUCUUUUGCUGAAGAAAUUUCAACAAAUUGAAUUACUUUUGGCUUUUUGACAUUCUAGGCAAAUACUUUAGGUAAAACUGUAGAAUUUACAACACCUAAACCUCUUUCCUAGUUAUUCAUAACGCAGCACGAAGAAGUUGUAGUGUGUCUUACUCAUAGGCAUACGGGCCGGGGGGGCGAGGGGAGCUGCAGCCCCCCCAAAUUUUGGGCAACUCAGAUUUUUUGGGCAGCAAGAGAAAAUUUGGGCAAAGCCAGUUUUCAAAGACGUUUCCAUGUUUUUUUAUUAGUCUACAGAGGCAAAUAUUUUCUAUUUUAAACUGAAAAAAUCCUGAAGUCAGCGUAAUAAUCCAGUUACUUUCUUUCGAGACACUCACAGUGGUUUCCUAGCAUGUGAUAAGUUUCUGGUUAUAGGGAAGGGUAUCAUUUGUUGAUUUACAUAUUUAUAGGGAUUUUUGGUGAGUAAUGUACUGCACUGCUCUGACUGGAUUGGGCUCUUUCCAGUCGUGAAUUGAUUAGAAUAAACUUCCGCAUAUCUUUGUAGAAUCAUCUCCGCUCGUAGAACAGUGUAUGUUAGAUAGCAUCAGCAACAGUGGGUGUGAAAAUGAAGAAGUGGCUGACUAAUACUCAGCUCGAAUUACGAGAAGAAUAUCAAAUUUGUUUAAAAAUCUAUCAAGCAAUAAUUUAUUAAAGUAGACCGAAAUGUUUACAAAACCGCUAACAAGAGCGCCUCGAUACUAAUGAAAUCCUUGUCUCAGCAAUCGGCCGGAGCUAUCUCGAUGAUCAUAUCUUUUACACACGUUUUUAAAAAGAUUGAAGCUACCAUGGGAUGAAAUUGCAUGUCAAAAGAGCUUCGUUUUCUACAAAUGAAGGCCAAACAUCAAGAUUUUUUUUAACCAUAUUUAUAACGAUAAAAAUAUCCAAAAUAUCCCAAUAACACUCCUAUAGACUCCUUUUUAACUUCACGAACAUCGAGGCGACUAUUGGAGAAUAAAGCUCCCGUGAACAAUUUUGUAGGAAUAGUUCCCAGUGCCGAGAAAUAUUGCUGCAAGUAAAAUAGACAAUGGCGUCAUUUCGUUGCUAUGACAAUUCCGAUGUCAUCAAAACCCUGCUCAUGAUAAAUUUUCAUCUUUAUCUAAUAAAACUGUGGUAGCAAUUUUUCCAAAUGUUUGCCUAUGGCGACGUAGUUAUUCUCAAAAUUGGGAGGUAUUGACCCUGAAAAACAUAGCAUCGAGCCACCUUCAUAUGCCAGUACGGCCUACAUUAUUGCAUCGUAUGGCCCUCGUUUCUUUUCUACUGUUUCGUAAAAAUUUGGGCAACUUGCGAGAAUUUUUUGGGCAAAUGGUUUACCGCCCCCCUGGCAAAACAUUGCCCGUACGCCUAUGGUCUUACUGGUGCGUCUACUAUAGGGCCUACCCUAACUCAUGAACGUUUUUAUUCAAAAGACACCACUCAGCGCGUCGUAAAACCUAACCUUAGGUUAUAAAUUAUAAUUCCAUAGUAUACUCAAUUUUUGUAUUCCUUCUUAUCAAUGUAACCUUUCGGUUAAUGUUCGCAACAUUAUAUUUAUUUGUAUGCAAUAUCUACCACCAGUAACCCAACCGUGCAUCGUAGUUUGCUAUGAAUCAUUCCGUUUCCAAGUUCAUAAUUCUAUUGUCGGUUUAGAGCGUGCUCAAGAUAGAGCUCGUAAUGAAAGAAUAAUUCUGGAAAUCAUGCUUAAUUUUUACUAAUUAACAUGCUAAUAACAUAAUUCCAUGAUGCUUACAUUUUUUAUCAGGUACCAGCACAGAUAGUGUUUUGAGGCCCUCGGCGAGUGAAAUACAGUCAUCAACGUCACCUACAGCACAAGGUCCCUGGCCAAUAAUAACCAUCCUCCAUGUUUCUUGAUUCACACUCUAUAGUCACAUUGUCAUAUGGAACAUUUUGAUAGCCUUCUUUAGAGGAAAACAUCACCUACUUACUGAGAACUAUAACUUACUUUGUGACCGCAUCUACUACUCUCGGCAUUAUAAACAUAUAGAGCUUUUUCACAUGACGUCACCGUGCGUCCGCCAUGUUGUUGCCCCAAAACAGUUAAACGGCGGCCAUGUUGGUGUUCCAAACCAGUUCUGUGGGAGUUGAACUCUUUUCUUACGUAGAACCUUUCUUUUUUUUUUUCAAUAAAUUUGCAUAGCUCAUGACCACGUGAGUGAAAACGCUCUAUAGAUGAUAUACUAAAGUAACAUUUAUUUCUUGUCACUCAACAUCACUCACUUCUUUUAUCCUAGACUUUACCCCUUUUAGGUCCUAUGAGUGUUAACGAGUCCAUGAAAAGCAGAGAAGCCUUAAAUGUAAGUCAGUUAAGGAAAUGAAACAUGCGUUUGAUCACUGAAAUUUUUCUCUUUUCUCACUCAUUGAAGGUGACGAACUGAACGAAUCUGCUAUUCUGGCAAAUCUUGCAAGUCACAAGUUACUGUUGUCACGUAAUCCUUCAUCUAAAGACUUGGAAGAUUUAUGCUUGAAUAGUUUUGAAAACUACACAGCCAUUCAACUUGAGAUUGCUAAGCAUAAUCCUCUCUUUGCAGUGGUAAGUAACGUAUGAUAUGCUCCCUUCCUUAGCCAAUUAAUGUAUAUGCUACGACGAAGAGACGUGGAUCUUUUUAUACCGGUGCUCUACCGGACUGACUUUCAAGGAUGGGGGCUGCCAGGCUACAGCGCCCCUAAUUUCUUGCGGUGCAGCGGUAACGUUCGGCCUACCACUCUGCCUUGUAGUUUUGGAAGAACAAUAAUAAAUAAACAGAUUAGUUUGAAGUCUGCGUAAGGAUUCACCUAAUGGAUAAUGAACCUAGAAGGCUGCUCUUUGUUGGUAAGACAGCUGCGUAAAAUAACUGAGAGUUUCUCCUUUUCCACAAGAUGGUCAAACGUCAGUCGAGCGGUACGUUUGAAGUGGGGUAUCAUUGUCAGGUACCGGAGUUAGAAAACGGGUUAUAUACGGUAGAGUAGUUUCUGCAAACAAUAUUUUAAAAUUGAUCGUAACGUUAUAUUUUAGGUAUCGCUGCAAGGCAUUUUGAACGCCGCUUCAGAGUGUAUCCUUGAGACGAACCAUAAAUUCUGGAGGAAAAAUCAACAGGUUCGUUACGUGUGAAUGCUCGAUAAAUGGUACAGUGAAUCGUAUUUCACCGGACUCCCGACAAGUAAUUGAUCCCCUAAAGGUUUGAAGAAAGUAGGCAAUCAACAACUCCUGCUGAGUUUAAUUUGUUCGGCUCCCAGUCUCCAAUGAUAUCUAUUGCGUUUAAAGAAAUGAAUCAAUUAUAUAUUUAUAGCUGAAGAGCCUCUGGGUUAACGUCAUUAUUAUUAUUUUCAAUUUUUUGAUAUUUUUAAUAGCAUAACACUUAACAUGGAGAUUUCAAGCCAAGACUACUGUUUUUGAAACCACUUGUUAAUAAAGUGUUAAUACAGUGUUACGUACAGUUUGUGUGUAUUUUACAUUUAGCAGAAAAGAACAUUGUGUUUUUCAUAUAGGGGAGUUCUACAAGCGGGCUGUUUGGAAGGCGGAGUUCUUAUUUAAUGAUACUUAGUUCUGUAUUCUAAUUAAAAAUACCAAAGUAUGGUUCUAGUCCAAAACUGUGGUUAUAGUUACAGUUGAUGUUAACGUAAUUCAGUUCUUGCCUAGUCCCUAGGCCUUAUUAUUCAGCCCGGCCUAUGCGUUUCGGGUCUCGUGGUCAAAUACGUCAUCGAAAUGCAUUGACCGAGAAGGCCUGGUAAGACAGCGUACAGAGACCGUAGUAGGCAAUUGGCAAAUUUAGUUCUAUUCCGGUUUCUAUUAUCUCGCUCUCUCAGAUGCCUAACCUGAUGCAGGUUCUGGAAGAUGUGUUAAUAGCCACAGUUAACGGAACUUUUCCAUUGGAAAUCAAUUACACUUUGACAACCUCAAAUAUUGGUAAGGGAUUCGCACGCAAUACUUGCACGUAGAGUUAAAACGGUAUUUAUUAUAACUGGGGUUUUUCAUAGUAUUUUCAUAGUAUUCAGGUUAAGCACGCAAGCUACAUUUGUAGGUUUUGAACAAUUUGCACAGUGCGCAAAUUGCAGACGAUUGCAAAAAUGCGUGAGUUGGGCUUGACGUGACGCAGUUUCCCAAGUUUUAUGAAAGCUAAAUACAUUUGUUUGAGAGCAAAAUUAAGCUUCAAGGUUUCCAUAGUUACCAAAUAAGCUGUGACUCAGUCAAACCAAUUACUGAUUACACAAACUGCGAAUUCUAUAAUAAGCAAAGAACACUGGAAUUAUCGCACCCAGUGUUUUGAGAUACCAAACGUGUAGACUUAAAUGGUGUCUAUAUUAACUUAGACAAGGUAGGUAAGAGUUAAAUUACCACAUUUACUGUAUAUACGUAUUGCGUACCUAGAGUGUAGUGCGAAGGUCUGAGGGACAUGUGUUCGCCCGCCAUGGAGAAUAGAGUUGUGUUCUUGCUAAAUGCUUUGGUUUAUUGCUUUGUGUUACGAUAACAUUAAUACUCAAUAUUGGAUUUGCAGUGGCGCAAGUGGAAAGGAAUUUUGUGAAAGCCGUUACAGAAGACAUCAAGAUUCCCCAUCACCCAAACGUUCCAGGGGACUCAUGGAAUAAAGAGUCGGAUCAUGCAUUAAUUCGUAAAGAGACAUUUAAAGACAAAGGUGUCUAACUGUUUUCCUGUUGCUAAUGAUUGGCAAUAAUGAUUCAUAACCUCUGUUUCACAUAUUCAUGAUGUAUGCAAACAUCACGACACAUAUAUCAGUUCAUUUAUCCAAUAAUCUCAUUCAUUAAUACACUCGUUUAUCGCAGGGGAGGAUUAAUCAAUUUAUUCAUCCAGGCAUGUAUCUAUUUGCUUAAUUCGGUUUAUAUGUAACGUCUUAUAUCGUUCCUUAUGUUAAUUAUCAAGUCUCGUUGUCAUUAUUUACCAUUAUUUAAAAUUACAACGGUAAAACGAAAAUAUUUAUGAUGAAUUGUUUCUAACACCAUAAUGUACCCCAAGGACUAAUGGUAAUUUACUGCCAAGUGGUCGUUAUUACUUCUUGCAGAAAACUACACGUACGUUUUUCUGCUGUACAAAGACGUUAAAAGUUCGCUUCCUAACUCAAGAAGGUAAUGAAAUCACCCUUUUUAUUUCACUUAUCGAUACUUAAGACUUACGUUUUUUACUGAAAAAUAAACGUUGUUUUACUUUUUUAAAGUGAGGCUGGAAAAGACCUGGAAGUUUCCUCUUUUGUGAUGUCCUGUUUUUUGAUGCUUGAUGGCAAGCGUGUUACAACACUUUCACCUCCUGCAUUAUUGAACUUUACAACAUCGGUAAGUUAUUGAUCUGACUAAUGAUUCGUCCAAAAAUAUUUAAUCUAAGUAGAAGAAAACUUUAUAGUGUUUGAUCGUUAUUAAAUAGCCUCCAAAGAAAAGUGGCAAGUAUGGUUACAUAAUGGUAAAUACGAGAAUUAGAAAUACUGCCAGAUUAAAGAAUUUAAGAUGGAGGUUUGAAUUCCUGUAACAUUCCAGACCGGAAAGCUUCUUGAAAAAAUUGCUCCAGGACCACGAAUUUUGCUGGUACAACUAAGUAAAAUAAAUUUCAUCUUUGUUUCUUUUUCAAUUUAUGUGUUCUACGCUGUAUUGUAUAAUUGCACAAAGGAAACUGUCCACCAUAUAAAUACUCUCUAACAACAUAAUACUGUCCGCCACCUAAACAAUGUCACUGGAUAAAAUAUUAUCGUCCACCGGAUGAGUUAAUUCAACCAUCUGCUGCUGAAGGAUUUAUCCACUGGAUGACAGAACUUAUGGCUAUCUCACUUACUAAAACAAUAACGCAUGCCUCCCCCCCACAAAACUUGACACGUACACAAUUUUUAAAGGAUCUUUUGGUGGUCAUAUUUUCAGGAAGUGGAGAACACCAAAAAGCAGUGCUCCUAUUGGAAUGUCCACAAGAGGUGAAAUUGCGUUUCUCCUUCUAUGCAUUCUACGUAAUCUGGUAGUAUCUCUUUCUUCUUCUUAACUUUGUUAAAUCGAAUGAACAGCCGAAUUGGUCAGAUUUACAAGUACAUACAUAGCUCAGUAUACACAGACUUGUACUCAAGAACUGUGGACACGAACCAUUUCAAUGGGCUGUUUUGUUACAGUUUUAAAGCUUGCACAAUGGUCUGACUGUAGAAUUCUGUUGAAUAUAAUUUUUUCUUUUUGGUUACACCAUAGUUUGUGGGAAAAUGAUGGCGUUAAAGAGGUAACAGCUGAAGCAAGCUCCAAACGAACAGUUUGUCAAACAAACCAUUUCACAAGUUUUGCGGUGCUUAUACAACACCAAAAUACACAGGUAUGACACCAAUCUAUUAUUUUAUUCUAUUCUUUACUUUUUUUGCCUUGCAAACUACUUCACGUUUUAUUUAAUGUUCAUAUUUCUGCCUCAUUCUCUUGAUGAAAUAUUCUUAUGAGAACUUCAAAGGGUGAUAAGUAGCCUUUGGUUAACAUUUUUUUGAUAAGCCACCUGAUGAAAUACUUUGGUCAGAAUAAGAGCGAGCUGCUACCCCAUAACCUCAAGCAGCCGUUGCUUGGGCAGCUAUGACAACCUCAUCCAGAUCUGUCUUUUCCUGUUUUCCCCUGCUGUCGCUGAAGGAGCCAGAUACGAGCGCCACGUUUUUGUUAAUACUUUGCACGAGAGAGUCUUGUUAAUUAUUUAUGACAUAUUUCAUUUACUUUUGUUUUCGAUUUAUUUUAAAAAAGGGUUGAUGUAUAAUAGCUGAUCGUUCUCAUGUUUGUCUUGGUAUCCUAAGGGCUGUUCUGGCGGUGUCGAGUUUUUAACUUAAAGCCUUCUUUUUCUCACAGAACUCAGAGAAAGACAAGUUAGCUCUUUCCAUCAUUACUUACAUCGGCUGCGGAGUAUCAACAGCUGCUCUUGCCAUUACUCUUAUUGUGCUGCUGAGUAUUGAGUAAGUGAAUUCGAAAAAGGAAAUCUUCAAGGAAGCCAGUUUUGUCAGUAGUGAAGUGUGUAUGUGUUUGCUUUCAGGAAAUAUUGUUCAAAUAUAUAGUAUUUUGAUUAGUUUAUAUACUCAACAAAAGUUUUUUAAACAAAGUUAGAAUUAAAUGAAAGAAGAUCAUCGCAGUUACAAACGCAACUUUUGCAGCUGCGAAAAGAAAGCCUGAAAAAAUUCAGGCUUGUACCCUCUUUCUAAUUAUCUUUAGAGAAUGUUUAAAGGUGUUCUUUUAUGUUAAACAUAAAAUCCUUAAUCUUUUUUUUAGGUCUUUGUCGUCGGAGCGUCAUAAGAUACACAUGAAUCUUGCUUUGUCAUUACUACUCGCCCAGGCCCUUUUCCUGGCUGGCAUAAGGAAAACGUCAAACAAGGUAGGCCGAUGAUAAUCGUUUACCUUCUCGACAGUUCAUACAAUAAUGGAGAGGUGCAUUCGACUGCGUAGCUAGAAAAGGUAUACGGUAAAGCUACGGACGUAUUUACGUGUUUUUUCCUAGUAGUCGUGGGGGUAUGUGAGGACUAACGAGACCUAAACAUCAUUAGCUACAACAAGGAUGCAUAUGCCUUACUUUGUAAUGACUGGUUGAGUCAAACGACUUCGACGCUUGAUAUCGAAAUCGGGAUUUGCAGUUUGGAAUCGGAUAACAGGACCGAGAAAAAGCAGCAUUUACUGCUGUUAAUUGGAUGUGUCAGUGCAUAGUGAUGCCAUUUGGCUUGGGUAAUGCACCCGCGACCUUUUAACGAUUCAUUAGCAGUGUGGUAAGAGACAACGUGCCUUUGUCAAGUUACCUCGGCGACGCCAUUGCACAGGCUAUAACAGCCAAUGCUGAUAUUGAACGUCUCACGCUAAAUCUGAAGUUAAGUCCCUCAAGUGCUUAUUGAUCCAAUGCCGCGUCGUAACAGGUCUAGUCAGAGUAGAUGUGCAUAUGCCUAACUGACACUCAGGAAAGCCAAAGGAGUGCUUAGCUCCCCUCGAGGUACCUGCGAUAUUUUGCUCACAAGAAAUAGGGAGUAUGCGAACCUGUAACAGUGUUAAAGAAACCGCAAGUGAAGCGAGACAGCUUAAUUAUUAACUGACCUUUCCAAAACAAGCAAUGCCAAAAUGAUGAGACCCAAAAAAACAAAGAAAACGAGUCAUUACCACAGUCCCUGAAUGCAUUAUACAAGGGCCUUGAUGAACUUGGUCACUUUUUCGACAGCAGUGCAACUAACAAAGAUAAUGCUCCAGCACUGAGACCACUCCCAACAAGAUAAUCCUCAGCAGAGAGAAAACGCCCUAGAAGCCAUCCUGAACAUGUAUUGAAAAGGGAUAAUUUAGCCCUCUAAAAGCCGAUAAGCCUUGAUUUCGUAUUGUCCUCGUGAGAACUACUUAAAUGAAUGCAUGUCCCUUAACCUGCACUGACGUUGUAUUAGAUUAUUUUGCCAACAUGCGGUUUUGGAUUGUGCAAAGCACCAAUAACUUCUGAGCGACUGAAGCACAGUGUUCCCAGUUUCCCUUGUUACCGUACCGUUUAUUGGGCGGCACCUCACUUGAGAGCCGUAUAUUUAUCCUCUCACAAAAGUAAAUCGUAAUAAAUUAAUGUGUUAGGUCUGUUUGUAUCAUGUAAUGCUAUACAGUAUGAAAUUGAAGAAAUGAUCGUCGCAGUGAACGCAAUUUAUGCAAUUGCGUAAAGAAGCCUGAAAACAUUUUCAACGGGGUUUAAACCCGUGACCUCGCGAUACCGGUGCGAUGCUCUACCAACUGAGCUAUGAAGUCACUGACGUUGGGAGCAGGUCAAUCGUGGGUUCAUAUGUUCCCGUGAAAGAAAUGAGUGUUAAUGAUACAUGAAAAAAAUCAUAAAUGAACUGCGGAAAUGAAAUGAAAAUGAAGAAAUGAUCGUCGCAGUGAACGCAAUUUAUGCAAUUGCGUAAAGAGGCCUGAAAAAUUGCAUAAUUUUUUUCAGAGGGAACUUGCUUUCGUGUGUACAGCUUUCGAGUGACUCCAUUUUCUAUAUAUAACCGGAAACGUGGGAGUUGAACCUGGAAUUCUCACACUUUCCCCAGUUGUGACUGGGUUGCAAAGGUCUGAAAAAUGUCGCAAAGGGAUUGAGAGAUUGAGAAGGGGAAAUUAGUGCUAGAAAAGCAGGCUUAUCGUGGGGACCGAGCAUGAAGAAAUCAACACUUUAGGUCAGACUAAAUAGGAGAGUGACCUUUGACCGUCGGAUUGAGGUCCCUUCCCCAAGCCUUUUUUUUAAAAUAAAAAAUGAAGAAAAAAAGUCGUUUGUAGAUUGGCUAAUUGAGCUUGCGAACCGUGGCUUUGGCAUGUCCACGGAUGCCUUCCUUAAAUCAGUGAAAAAGUUCCUUGACAAGGAAGUAAGAAUUAUACCAUUUAACAACCGCUCGCGUUCCCCACCAUACCCUAGUCAUUUGCUAUGUUUUAUUUCACGAUGCUAGGUUAUAUUUUUGGCAUCGAUUGCCAGACUACUUUGCAAGUUCAAAAGAAGCUUAUAAGUCGCUUGCCUGUCGAAAUUUACGUGCAAUUACGUUGUUAUUGUUGUGGCGGGAUACUGGGCAACAUAGGAGCUCUGCGAAUAUCUUAAUUUCGCGAUGGAAACGAAGGCAAAAAAGUUAAACUGUCUUUCGUCAUAUUAAGGACUAAACAGAUUUUCAGAGCUCUUGCGACUAACAAAGGAAAGUUAUUGCAAUGUUACACUGACAUGUCGGGAUACUUGGCAACAUCCUAUAACAACGAAGUUCUCCACAUUUAUCAAACCCAAUUUGGAAUGAAAAAUGGCUAAUUAUCCCGUACAGAAUGAGACAAUGUUGCCUUAAGUGACACUGUCCAACACGAAUUUGAUGUAAAGUACUCCUAUGACUGAAUUUUAAAAAUCAGCUACCGUGGUUUUUUUGUAUUUCUAGGUGCUUUGCAAAACUAUUGCCGUGUUUCUUCACUACUUUUUUAUGACUGCAUUCACUUGGAUGCUAGUUGAAGGAGUGCAUUUGUACUUAAAAGUGGUCCAAGUAUUCAAGUCUGAGAAUCUCAAAAUGUUUUACUACUAUGCUUCAGGAUGGGGUAAGAAAAUAUAAUUUCGAUCUGGAUUUUUCAGGUAAAUCAUUAUCGGAAGUAUAUUAAAGCCCGGCUCUCUCUGCUCAAACAUUUCUUCCAACCCUUUUCAUCCUGUCAAUUACCUUUUAUUGUUCAAAGGUCUUCAGCUCCGUCAGCAUCCGAUUAAUGUUACAUAGUAAAAACAUGAAUUAUUGGCAGCUACUUUUUCAUUCACGGUCAGACAUGAGCACAUAUAUAUAGUAUGACAGUUCACCUGUAAAUUAUGGGUUGGUUAGUCAGAGUUAAGUUUAAUAAAAGAAAGAAUCUGAAUUCUUUUCUUUCUCUUCAUUUGAAGGUUUUCCUCUCAUCCCCGUCAGCAUUGCAGUAGCUUUGAGACCAGACAGCUAUGGUUCAAGAGAGAUGUAAGAUACGCAUUUAAAAAUAUUAAUCUAUUCUUCACAGACUCUAAAACAAAUUUUUUGUUUUUUAUUGAUUGCAGCUGCUGGCUUUCCAUGGAAGAUGGAACGGUGUGGGCCUUCAUAGGACCGGUUAUUGCAGUCAUAACUGUAUGUGCAAAUGCCUAAAUUGUUCAUGUAGUUAUGUAAGGAUAGAAAAUGGGAAUCUCGCUGCCAGUAGGAAAUUACUUCAAUCUAUUAUGAAAUCUAACAAAACACAAAAAUCUUUCUGUCAUCUCUAUUAUAGAUAAAUAGCUUCAUCUUGUUCAAGGUGGUACACACGGUUGUGACUUCCGCCAAGGCUGUAAAAAACUCUGAGCAUAUGCAUGUCAAGUAAGUGUUUGAGAGCCAGAGGAAACAUUUUCAGUUUUUUUGUCGUAGUCGCGCAAAACGAAAAUGAAAUUACCGCACAAUUAACGUAACGUAAAAUAACUCUCUAGCGAAAAAACACCAAUUUAUUUCUGGAAUGUUACUUUUUGGGUAAUUCAUACUCUGGAUCAAACCCAGGCAAACUAUAAUUCUAUUUUUAAAAUAUUGAUGUUCCCAAACGAUUUGCAUAUACAAGUGGUAACAUGAUGCAAAGUUUCUAAUAUAUUAACCUUUAGAGAUAACAUUAUUGAGGAUUUUUUUCCCUUGGUUUUAAGUGGCACACAAAGCGUAAAACUCGGGAGCUGUUAACCUGUUAAUAACUGGGACCGUUCAGUUGGUUUUUACUCAUUUGCUAUUUUAACAUCAACAUCCCAAUCUAUUUUUCUAGAGCUGGGAUUAAGGGAUUGUUUGUUCUAAUGCCUAUUCUCGGAGUUGGCUGGAUUCUUGGUCUUUUUGCUGUAAACAAGAACACCAUUGUGUUCGAGUAUGCUUUCGCCAUCAUAAAUGGACUUCAGGUAGACCUAAAAACCAUAGUUUACUUGUUUCAUUUAUAUUUUAGUUGAACUAAUUCCCUAAUACCUACUUGCAUAUAGCCAAGCUACCUUGCCAAAAAUUUGUUCAUUUUCUUCACACUGUCUUGAACGUUUUUAAUGCGGGACUGAUUUUGUCUUUAAUUUCCUAGGGCUUGCUGAUAUUUCUGCUGCAUUGUGCAUUUAACAGUGAGGUGUGUAAGAAAGAAUUGAUGCUGAUCUAAUAAACCGGUCAAUUUGAAGUGAUAUUUUAAACUAAGAACAAGAGAAGAAGGUCCCUGAAACUAAGUUAAACUUUCUUUGUAAACUGCGCAAAGGUUUCUUACAUCUCCCUUUCUUUUAGGUUCGUCAAGCAUUUCGCCGAAUAAGAGAGAAGUCUGCUCUCUCUAAAGAAUACGAUUCCAACUACCCGGCUUCAUUCUCACUGUCGGUAAGAACUAGAAUGGGAUAUAUAUGGCAGUUUUUUUGUAAUAUGGUUAUCAUUUAUGUGAAGGCCGCGUCUCGAGCGGCAAGCCUUCCCCACUAUUCCCCAUUUGCACUAAAUAGAUUGGAUUCGCUCUGGCAUAACCAGAGGGGGGAGGAGGAGAAUUCGAAUGUCAACUUGUGCGUCUUUUUUGGUGGUAAAUUGAAUUUCAUUACCCGCAGUUGAUUAAGUUUUAUGUCUCACUCAGCACCGAUGCCGCACCACAGGUUCUUUACAAAAUAUAUAUAACCCCUGAAUCAUCAACUGUUCGAAACCUGUCUGAGUAGCACAACAAAAUAGAAGCUCCACAAAAAAGGAUUCAUUUUACAAAAUUUAUAACCCGUUCUGGUGCAUAGAAGACCGACAAGUCUUUUGACAGCUCGUGCUGUUUUUUUUCCCCAGAAUAUAAAAGUUAAAAAAAAUGAAUGCGAAAAAAAGGAAAUGCAUGUGUCAAAUACUUAAGAACCGGAAACACGGCAUGGACAGCUCUCGCCGUAUGCAAGGGCUCAUUGAUUCAGUCACUUUACAGUUAAAAUGAUUUGAAAACUGACUGAAUGACUGAAUGAGGGUUGCCUAAGACAAUGAGUUACAAAGUGCCUUUUGAUACUAGUGACGAAUACAGGAUGACGUUUUCUUCGUUUGAAUACGAAACUACUCCUUUUUAAGCAAUCAGGAAGUUCGUCAAGCAAGAAAAGUCUGAAUUCCAACAGUUUUGAUAAACUCAAAGGUAAGCGAUAACAGAUAUGUCACACUCGUACUUUAACUAACUGCUUAAAAUACAGUCCUUUUCUGCGACUUACGUACCCUAUAAAAGAAAGUGCUAUUACCUCGGGUGCUAGGGUUAAACGAGGACGUCAAAACUCUUAGGUAGGGAACCCAAAGGUACUUAAGAGAUUUAAGGGUGGGAUGUGCCGCUGGCACCCCGGAACCCUUAGCUUAUAGAGAUUUACAGGGUGUUUUAAGGUGGCUCCCUAGAGUUAAUUGGCCGUGCGAAGCCUGAGCACUAGUAUGGCGCGAGCUUUAAAAUCUGCGCGACGUCCACUUAAAAAUUAAAACAAACAUGGCCUCUCACUUUCGAAAAUUUACCCCAAAAAACUUUGUUAACUUUCUGUUGAAGCUCAUUGAGCAAAAAGUUUGAUUAGUGUCGGUCAAACAUUUAUGACAGGAGGCAAUGUUACACCUGAUACAAGUCACUAUCGAUCUCCAUAAGAGUAAAUUGUCUGUAAAAACAAAACAGAAAUUUUCCAAAGACAUCAAUUCUUUCGCUUCAAAAGUACACAAACGUUAAAUAGUCGAAGUAAAUGGUGAGUGGAAACUUUACUUAAAAAACAAAGAAGAAAGUACAUUAACCUAGAAGGAAGCAAUGUUGCUGUCUCUGGCCUUUGGUUCACGAUCAGUGAAAAGAUCUGAAAAUCGAGCCAAUUUCCGAACAAACACUGAAGAUUGCCUUCACUGGCAGAGCUCCUCGGUCACUUUAUUUCUCUAAAAUUUGAUUUGAUUUGAUUAAAGUAAUUCUAAAAGUGGCUUUAAGACAAGAUUAUAGGGAGUGUACAUUUUCACAUUGUUUAAAAAACUUAUCAGAGAAAAGGUUUCCCAUUUAACUUGCAUCCUAAUCGAAGGACCCUUUCCAUCGACGAACCAACAUCCUUAUAUUUUUCUUGUUUCAAACGUCCUUCAACGCACAUGUAAGAUGCACUAGAAAUGUUUUUGCACAACGAGAAAUAAUAUUUACUCACAGAUUGACGCUUGACGAAAGUAAUAGUUGUCCGUCGAGACCUACGGUCUUGUACGUGUAGGUUACGAUGUACGUGACGUGAGGUUAUGAUGUACGAUUUAUAGAUCGGCGCCAUCUUUUACAGCAGACUUUUAAAGAAAAACUUCGCCGUCGAAAUUAUCCCUAAAGAAGAACAAGGUUGAAAAAGUAUCCGGACGUGGGCUGACAUUUGAAGAUCUGCAAACAGUGUACAGCAGAUUAGGAAAUGAAGUGCUUAUUACGAUCCUUGCACAACCACCGUCUUCAUCUCCGACGAUCGCCAUCCUCACGAGUGACCACCACGGCUCGAAGUUUAGCUACAAUAGUCAAGUACUUUGAAGAAAACAUCCUGUGAAUCCGCUAUCUCUCCUUUUUCAACUGGCGAGAUAUCACCGUAAUAAUACUAAUAAACGGCUUCAAAACAAUGGCUUUCGUACUCUUCAAAAAACCACAUGUUUUUAGUAGCUUUGUGCAUUAUGCGCAUGCGGGCGUGAUGGCUCGCGCGCGUAGUUUGCUUAUACGACCCCGAACCACGCGUGUUUUUCGGAUUUUUGUAAUGUUAACGUAGUUAAUUAACGGUGAAUUUCUCGCGUUUCCUUCUGUAAAUUUUUUUUAAAAAUCACCUCUUUCUUAACAGUUGCAGUACCUUUGUACUCUCCUUUUUUUGUUAAAAUCUGUAAGAGCUAAAUUCCUCCAUUAAGAAAAAUUACAAAUCUCAAGAUACUGGCAAAACCUUCUUAACGACCCCAUGUUUUUUCCACUUUAAAAUGUUAAGCAAUAUCGUUAAUAUAAAGUGGCAAAGUUUAAAGACAUUUCACCGAGGGAGAUAAGAAAAAUUAAGAAAAAAUGAUCAGAAAUGACAAAAUAACUGCCUGUCUAAGGAUGCGAUGUUGCCAUGGCAACGGACUUAAUCCAGAAAAUGAAACUUGAUAAAGGAGCCUUCUUAUAUGGGUAACCUUAGCGGUGAAUCUCGUGAACGAAAUCGCAAAGACAAAGUAACUAGAUUUUGUUCUGUAACGUAUGCUAGAUAGCUAGGGUUAUUAGUAAAUACUCUAGGGAGCCACCUUAAAAGUUCGUUCCGAUUUUUUCUUCACUUAAAUUUCACUGAUUGUUAAAGAUAACUUUGGUAAACCUAAGCAUGUUAUUCAUUAUUCAAUUAACAUUGACUAACUGAAAUAUUAGCAACCAGAAUGUCUUCCUUUAUGAUUUCUGACAUUUUCUAAGGGGUGAGAUAUAGAAUGUACGAGCUCCCAUAGGGUGUCUAAAUUCACAAUUUUCCAGGUGAAGCGUGGUCGCUGUCUUAGCUAGUCCAGUGUUUUGGGGGCUGGAUCUUUGUAUGCUGUCUCAUCAGCGAUAAUCCAGAUGGUUACUAGAGGGUUCGCAUCACGUGGGUUUGCCGGCCGGUCUUCCUUUGGUAUAAAGUUUGCAAAUUCUUCUGAUGCCAUGGCUGCAUGAAGUGUGCACCACCUUUUUGCUCUUCAAGGCUUUUCAACCUUUGUUGGUCACAUUUCUCCGUACCGUUGUGCUCGAAACUUUGAUAUUGUGAAGUUGAAGUUUUCUUUUUACCUUGCAGUCUCGUUGAAUUAUUACCAUGUACACAGUUUGUAAAAAAACCCCGACCAUCUACUCCUUGGUUUGUCUUGUAAGGUCUUUACUUUUGACCACUUGUUCUCUCAUCGUUCAGACUUCUUCAACAAUUUGACAAUUUCUGUGACUAAAUGGACAGAGUACCUAAAAAAUAGAUGCCUGAGCUCUAGCACAAACAGUGUACGCCUUCAUUUUUGUGAAAGAGUAGAGAAAACAAAAGAAAACGCCACGAAAAUAGAAAAAUUAGAAAAUGGGCAGGAAAAAUAUGGCGGGAAAAAAUUCGCGUACGUGAACAUUUGGGGAAAAAAUUUAACAAAAUAUCAUAAUUUCUUGAAAUUUUAGUUUGAAAUUUCUUUGAGCGUUUAUUUAGAUAAAUUUCCUACCUGAAUCAGCUUACAUUUGCUUCAGGAAGCAUUAAAUGCUUUGUGCAAAAUACAACUUACAAUCUGAACGAACUUUUGAAACAACCUGCAGUUCAUCUGAAUGUCCUACCCUAUACUAGACUUAACUCUCCAGAUGCAUACCUAUCCUAAAGUCUCUAUUUUCCAGAAACUACUGAGGUCGUUGUUAUCUUUGAGUUGCGAAUCAAUCCAAAUUUUCACUAUUUCAUUUUUUAGCGUCAUUGCCCGUUUUCUUAGGCUAGACUGAAAGUCCAUCAGUUUCCAGGAAAAUGAUACUUCAUUCUAGAACCAAACCCUCUGAGUUCUAUACUUAAGCCAAGACUUAACUGCUUCAGUUUGUACCAAACAAUCAUACCUAUUUUUCCUUUCUUUUGUAAUUUUAACUUACAGCAAAGAUGUCUUUCAGGCCAAAGAAAACAACGAAAUUGGUUCAAGUGCAGGUAGUUAUUUCAAAUACAUCAGUCAUGAUUUCUAGCACGUUUGGUUAACUUUUCGUAACUGUUGCCAUCACUUAAUGAAGAAACUGUGAACUGUAAUUAUAUAGCCUGUGUAUAGACGUCCCCCCUCCCUCAGAAAAAAUCGGCAGAAGAGACGUCGUCUCUUCUCCCGAUUUUUUUUUCUGAGGGAGAGGGGACGUCUGUACACAGGCUAUAAUUAUAGGGACCUUGAGGAAAGGCAUUUUUUGAACAACACACGUCACCCGGAAGUGAAACCUUUUCCUGUUCAACAUGCCUUGACGCUACCAAAGUAAUUCGUAGUGCUACCGUCCUUACUCUUAUAAACUGAGACAAUUUGCCCAAGAAUGCAAAAAGUGUACUUCCGGUUUACGUACGUCACUUAAAAGUGUCUUUGCCUAAAAAGGUUGAACUUCUUUGGUGUUAUCCCUUGCCUCAUUACCAUGAAUGAGAUAUCACUUUUUGUGAGUCCGUUGUUGAACACCAAGAGUGUAACUAGCGCUCUUGUGAUUGACUCUUAUACUUUACAUACAAGAACACGAGGUUUUACGGUGAUAACGAGAUAGACUGUAAUUUUGCAACCGUUCUAGGGUAGAUUUUUUCUCUGAUCGAAUAAGCCAAGUUAAUUCUAAAGCUAUCAAAGCAUUUUCUUUUAGUAGUGUUUAACUUAUCGAUUUCAUAAUUUCCUCGUUUCCUUGUAGCCUCUGGAUGAAAGUCAAGAUGUCACUGAAAACUCCCUACAAAUUGAGCGCACUUUUCAGGGGAACAAUCUUAACAAGCUGGGUGUAACAGAUAACGCGACAGAGAUGUCUUCACUUAACUCUCUUACUGUGGUGUGUAAAAGUAAAAAAGAACCGUUUGUUAGGCGAUUAAGAUUCAGCGCACAAGGUGUUGUCAAAUGACAUCAGGCGAGCUACUACAAAAGCUCCACAAGUGAAUUUAUUUCUUACACUUUCCGUUAUUCUGUGCGUUGGUUUAGCCAAAAAAAAAUAGUAGAGGUCAUCAGUGUUUUAGUAAACUUAGGGGAGGUUAGGGUUAAUGUUUAGUAAGACCAAAAGACUAAAACCUGCAGCCAUCACUCCCCAAAUAAAACAGAAACACCGGGUCUAUAGUCACUUUAUUUUCUUCGGAACUCCAGGUAACGACAUCGAACGACAUGUCCCACUUGCUAGGUGUAUGAAAAAUACUGCAGAGAUCAGUUUUCCAAGAGGUUUUGUCUACAUCUCCUCUGCACUGGUUCAUGGAGAGUCUCACUUAUGCAACUUUUAUUUCUAUCCCUUGGAGAACAAUACCACCAGUUCAUUAAAAGUGACGCUGUAAUAGCGGACGUGAAAGGCUUGACGUGAAGAUGAUAAAAAAUAAAAUUUUGGGGUGUGGUGAUGGGAAAACAAAUGAAAAUGUGAUGUACGGGAGAAAAGAGGGGGAGGAAGUAAAAAAAAAAAUUAAAUUAUAGAGAGGGGGGGAGAAAAGACAGUUAAAUUGUAGAGGAAAAGAAUCAAACUUGCGAUAAAAGUGUAUUUAUCACCAAAUUACUCCUUUAUUUAUUUUCUUUAUUCUUCAUCUAAGAUAACUUAUUUUUGUCAUUUCUAGGAUGACGAAGAAAGAGGCUCAUUGAAGCACAAGCGAUUGAAGGAUCAGCAGUCUACUUCCAAAAAAAAAACACAGCCGAAACUAAAAUGAUCACCAAUUUACUAAGGAAUGUUUUUUUUUCUCAAAAUUGAUUUCCGUAGGAUCGAAUGCAUCGAUUCGUUAGCACAUAGAUUCAGAUGUUAUGUUUUCGUAAAAGAGUUAAGAUAGCUUGCCAUUAAAAAAUGAUAACAUUUUUUGUGUUAAUUUUCAUUAAAUCCACCAAAAAUGGAAUUGGAAUUUCAAGUGCUUCCACUAAACAACCUUCGUAGAUAAUAACUGACUCAAGCACUAGCUAUGAUAACCCUCUAGUUUGCCUCAACUACUUUGGCCUUAAAAGGACGGAUCGCGGAUGGUCUGUUUACCGCGAACGAGAGCGUGCUGGUACAAUGAAUGCUGGUUAUGAAAACGACGAAUAUAUGGAUUUUUUAAGGUGCUGUUCUUAUCAACAUUAAAAUGCAUCUUACAAAUGGAAAUGAAAUUCACUGCCUCCAAUUCUAUUUACAAUGAUACAAUUUUUUUAAAACGGCACCAAAACAAUCCCAUGCGUGGUUCAUAUGUUUUAUUUCUCUUGAUCUGAGUCGUUAGCUUCCAUUAAAAAGUCAGUUUCAUUUAUGAGCACAAAACCUGCGUCUGUGCCGGAAAAAAAAGUUUUUGUAGUUUUGUUUUGAGUUAUUCUACACUUCUGUCACAUGUCUCUUAACUUUGAGGUGAUGUUACUAAAUUGUUUCCUAAAUUACAGUUUGGCAAGAGAUCAUAUGAGAACAUUGUGCUUUCUAAACCAAGCCUUCGAACGGAGCUCUCGGUCACGAAGAAUGGACGACGUAGAAAUAAAUCGUAACAAAAAGUGGGCGUUGACAGAGAGAAAGACAUUGCGUCCCUUUGUUUACGUUCGCCUUUCGAAAGUGCUUAACCUUAAUCGAGAUCGUUUUCCGCUCUUGCGGCAAGAUAGAAUGCGUUGUAUUAGAAAAUGAGUUUUGUUUAUUUCUCCAUAGAACAAGACAGACAAAAUGGCCUUGUUUUUUCCUGUAACUAGUGACAGUAAAUUUUAGUGGUAUGAUAUUGGAAUAAAUUAAAGCCGAUGAC